AGCUUUGACUUUCUUGAUAUUUCUUUGUCUCUUUAUAGUGCCAUUUGUGAUGAAGGAUGUAAUGUGCUCACAACAAAUGAAUAAUUAAUUCCACUACUUGUGAUCAAAACUUUUUAUAUUUAUGUUGUUUGUUGCAUAAUUUAAUUUUGUAAAUAUAUAAAUGGCCUCGUAUACAAGUUGAAUGUUGAAAUUAGGGAAAAGGUCCAAGAGUUUUCUACGGAAGUUUGCAUCAAACGCUAAGCUCCAUCAACCGACUUCACUUUUAAUUCAAAUUAAGGAUAAAUACAAAAAUAUUAAAACAAAGUGGGACUGUAAAGCCUGUUUCUUCUCACAGUGUACAUUAUACGAUAUUGGGAUUUUAGUGCGAUAUCAUACUAUACGUAAUAUCACACCAAAGUACUGAACGCCAUCUUAUUGCUUUCUUUUCAAAGGAAUAUCAAAAAAAUGCUUCUAGUUUUGAAGGAUUUGAAAUCCGAAAGUUCAAGCGAAGUCGGGAAGGUCCCAAUUGUGGUUGACAACUCUGAUAGCACUCCACUGUAAACAAAGAAAAAGACAAGGUACGAGUACACGCCCAAUUCGUACUUUACACUUCUAGAAACCUCUGAAUAAUACUACUCCUUUUUCGCUUCCUUCUUGGCAGUUCUUACAUUCCAAUGUCUCUUACUCUGUAAACAUUACAAGUGACAACGUUACCCGGAGAUGAAAAUAGCAGUGAAAACUAGUUAUUACAGGACUUCUUGAUUUUCCAAAACGAGU